AGGUGGGGGGUUUUCAUUGGUGGAAGCAGAGAGAGAUAAAAAGGCCGAUUGGAUUUGAAACUUUGCUGUGAGUGACAAACAAUUCAAAUGCAGAAAAUGAAGAGCCUUGGGAGUAAUUCCUUUGCCGGUAGUAGUGGGAGGCUGUCGACGGAGGAGAACGACGAUGAGGAGAUUUCGAGGCUGGCAAUAUCGGCGUACCAAGCUAGAGAGGAAGAGAUUGAGAGGAAGAAGAUGGAGGUUAAGGAGAAAGUUGAAGCUCAGUUGGGUCGCGCUGAGGAAGAAACUAGGCGUCUGGCGCAGAUUUGGGAAGAGCUGGAAGUGCUGGGAGAUCCCAUGAGGAAGGAACUUGCAAAUGUAAGGAAGAAAAUCGACAUGGCUAAUCGAGAGCUGAAGCCGCUGGGAUUGAGCUGCCAGAAGAAGGAAAAAGAAUACAAAGAAGCCCUGGAAAGCUUCAAUGAAAAGAACAAAGAAAAGGCUCAACUUGUAAGCACACUUAUGGAGCUGUUGACCGAGAGUGAGAAGCUGAGGAUGCAGAAGCUAGAGGAGCUGAGCAAGAACAUAGAACCAACACUAUGAAUUUAUCAGAUGUAAAAGAUUAAAGACAAAAGAGGAACCUACAUUCUUGCUCAAAUUUCUUGUUUCAUCGUGUAAAGCCAGAGACUAUUCAAAGUUUUAUUUUAAAAGACCAAUGCGUGCAACUACUAAUUUUACAACA